CGGGCUUUAAGAGCUUUUCCGCAGACACACAGAAGCCAGUCGUCAAAAUCAAACUGACCGGAGCUUUGUUGUGUACUUACAUACAGACUAAAACUGUUAUUGAAAAAGACAAUUGGUGUAGUGGUUUGGCCCAAAGGCAUUAACCACUAUGGCAUUACAAUGGGUGUUAUUACUGGUGUUAGUAACCACUUUAAUAGCAGCCGAAAAGGGUUCAUACGACGAAACUGGCAAUGACUUGCUAAGAUGGUUGGAUAAUAGUGGAAGAGGUUUUGGUACAUGGAGAUCUCCUCAAGAAGAUGAUGAUGAAGAAUUAGAAUACCCGGCGAAUAUAUUUAAAAAUGAAAACAGAAAACGAGCACUGUCCUUUUUGACACAUUGGAGACCAUGGAAUCAGUUGAGUGGUAACGGCAGACAUGUGAUUCGAUCGCCGUUCAGUUCGUUUUUCCCGGAUACGGAAGUGCCAUCAAAGGGUAAUAGGCCAGUAGGACAACCACUUAGAUGGGGACGGCGUAGACGUCGAUAAGUCUUUACAUAUUUUUAACCGACAAUAAAAAUGUUUAAUCAAAAUAUACAAUUUAUAUACAUUUUUCUUUGUUCGAUGUAUUAAUGUGGUUUUGUUAUGAUUUUAUUCUCUAAAUAUGACUGCAAAAUAAAAAUUUUCAUUUUCUGGA